ACUUCCUCCUUAGGCAAAAAUACGUUUCAAACACGCAUUUUCUAAAUCAAUGUAAUGUGUCUUUUUUUCGGAGCAUGCAGUUGAUAUUGCUAAGGAUGUAAUUAAAUACAAUUUGUCACAAGAAGAAUGAAUGUUCCACGGAACCACCAAUCGAUCGUUUCCUUACGUAGAGUAUUGUCUUAUUACGAGGGGAUUGUAAUUUACUGGCCUCAUUUACGCUCAGUAGUUCUUAUAGAAAUGUGGAUAAAAAAAGUGUAGUCAUCUUGUUAAAAAUUUCUGUGUAAUGUAUCGUUUCAAUAAUUAUGAAAACAAUGCUGUUAAAUCAAAUUAGGAGGACUGUGCUUACCUGCAACUUCGGCAAGGAUAAUAGGAUAUGAUAUUUGUUCCAAAUACUAAUAAAUUGUGUUCCAAAUAUACGUUCCGUUAUAACCAAGUGCGAAAAUGAGUUAGAAUAAUGGGAUGUACUGUUGGUAAAGUUGAAAAUAUUAAGACGUCGAUAAAAGCGGGGAAAAGAGCUGACCACAUUGGAAUUAUUCCACACCUAACUGACGAUCAAAAAGUUAUUAUACAGAACAACUGGCAGACUUUAAAAUUGCACAUCGCAAAUAUAGGAGUAAUUACUUACACAAGCAUGUUUGAGAGUCAGCCUCAGUUAAUAGUGACAUUUGGGCAAUUUAAAGGAAAAAAUAUAUCCGCGUUGCGAGAAUCCGGGUUGCUACAACAGCAUGCCCUCAGGGUAAUGGCAACUAUAGAUAAAUGUAUCACACGCCUCAACCAACCGUCGAACAUGAUUUACAUCCUUCGUGAAGUGGGAUACCAUCAUAAGAUGUACAAAGUUCAACCAGGUGACAUACAGAUAAUAUUACCACACUUUCUGAGUGCAAUGAAACCGUACAUUCAAGAAAAUUGGUGCGAGGAGUUGGAAGCUGCAUGGAUAACGUUUCUUUCACUCAUUUUCUAUCAUAUGAGAGAGGGCAUGCAACAAACUGGUACUGAAGCACAAAUUGUAGAAACAAAAACUAUAGAUACUUAGAUAAAGAUAUUGGAAGAGGAAGAGGGCCUACCUUAAGAGGAAUGUAGCAACGGGAGUUAAAGUUUAACAUAUUUGCUAUUUGUUACAGUUCUUAAUUAAUAUAUAAAUGAUUAAAUGGUAUAAUUGUAAAAAGAACUAACAGUCGUUCUGAGACAUUGAGCACGCGUAUGACUCUAUACAAAAUAACAUGCUGGAAUACAACACCCAAUCCAGGAGAUGUGCAUAUCCAAUUGUGAUAGCCAGAGUUGUCUUUGAAUUUAAUAUUAAAAUGCUUAUGGUAUUUCCUACACAAUUUAGGGAACAAACGGUAAAAGAAUGGUACCUUAUUUAUCAUGUUGUAACUAGCAACAUAUUGAAACUUUUUAUAGUGCUAUAUAUUAAAAGGAGAUACCAAUGUCAGACUCAGUCGUGAUAAUCGAAGACAGUUUAAUGAAAAAGAUGGAGUCUUUGUUUCUCAACAAAUUGUCUGACCUCCUGGUGACCAUUUUCCUCUAGACUUACAUAUAAUCGAACUGUCAAUGAAAUCCCAUCCUUUUAGGAGACAAAAACGAUUGUAUAUUGAUUGUGCUUAAACUGAUUAUGCCUGAUAUAGAAGGAGCAACUUCUCUCACAUUGGUAAUUUUGUGACAGUUACAUCACGUAAUAUUGUUACCAAAAUUGUCUUUUUCUUGCUGACAUAAUUCGAUUAAGUAACUCCAAAAAUCCGUUAUUCCUGAAAGUGUUUCUAAUUGAGUGAAACACAAAUAUAGCAACAGGGUAUGAUAUAUUGUUCACAGCGGUUGUUCUAAUUACAUUCAGUAACAUUCUUUCAGUAGCAUUACAGAUGAACUUCUGAUUAACAUCAUAGCAUAAAAUGAACACAUUUAAGUCAAUUGCUGACUAAAAUCAAUUUAAAAAUAAAUUAUAGAAAAUUGUAGAAAAUGUCUGAGUGAGAAAAUACUCGGCUGGGGUGUUAUUUCUUUGUAAAGCUUUGAUAAAAUAGCAAAAUGUCAACGAAUUCAAACUAUGCCAUCUCAUAGAUUUAGUAAUUUUACCACUUCAGUCUAUUUAAGCAUAGUCUAAAAAUACAGUAAAAUGUUUAGAAUAUACAUUCUAGCGAAAAACGAAAAGCAAAAAAGUCCUUGUCCUGUCCUAUCGAAAAUGAGGGUGAUAUUUAAGACAUAGUUUUACAUCAUAUCAUUUUUUAAUAAAAUGCUUUCUUGUUGCUUUUUUAGUAUUCUUGCAUAAAAUCUACUUUUUACUUGAUCCGCCCAUGUAUUAACGGGAGAAAAAUCGUGUGCAAACAAGGCAAUUCACGUGCUGUUAAUACAUGAUUUUUAUUUUUGAAAUGCUUUGUCAGGGAUGUAUAUAUGUAUUUCUGCGCAGAUUGACAUCUGGUAUCUGCGUCUUGAUUCUUCCAUAAUAUUCUCUUCUCAUAAAAGAUGCAAUCUAAUCCAUAGUAUGUUUUGCUGUAUCAGUUACCAAAACGAAACGCACUACCCCCAAAAAUGUACGUACUCGCUCCACCCUUGUUUACACCCCCUUUUAGAAGCCGGAGUCGAUUCAUUUUUUGUUGAUAACCGUGAAUGUAUAAGAACUGCGUGUAACUUGCGCGAUUGUUUGUUUUAAGGAAUCAUUUUAAUGAUUUUUGUAAGUAUCAGUCGGAUUGUUUUUAUCUAAUUUUGCGAAGAAUUCCGAUAAAACUUUUUGAAAGCUUGUCACUACGUUCGUUCUCAUCCGUACUCUAAAUGUGUACUUACUCAAAAUAAUUCGAAUGUAAAGUUAUUAUUCUUAAAUUUGUGUUCCUGUUAAUCAAAUUUUUAAUUUAUAUGUACAAUUAUGGGUAAUGUAACGUAUGUAGUAACUAGAAAUAAAAAUUAGAAGCUCAAAAACCUUCAAAUCACACUUUUGGUAGUGCUGUUGAUAUGUGUGUCCCGGUUAUGGAUAUUUAAAACAUGUUUACCGUUUCCAAGAACAACCGGAUGGUAACAAAAACGUACCGGAAUCGUAAAGUC